AUGGGUUCAUGUUUUAGCAGCGAGUCCGAUGGGGACGUGGAACAGAAGAAGAGAAGUCAGUUGAUUGAUCGGAAACUUGAGGAGGACUCUAGGCGGUUACGCAGGGAAUGCAAGAUUCUCCUGCUGGGCUCUGGCGAAAGUGGAAAGUCAACCAUUGUUAAGCAGAUGAAAAUUAUCCACCAAAAUGGCUACACCGUUGAAGAACUGGCCCUCUAUCGCUUGACCGUCUACAAGAACCUCCUCGAUUGCGCCAAGGCGCUCAUCGAGGGAUACCGCCUUUUUAAUCUUGAGCCGUCGAGUCAAAAAGUUCAGGAUUAUCUCACCUUCCUCGACGAAUAUCAUGUCGAUCCGGAUCCCAAUAUGCCAUUGGAUCCUAAAGUGGGAGAUGCCGUAGCAUAUUUAUGGAAUGACCCGUGCACAUCAACGGUCUUGGAACGCCAGAAUGAGUUUUACCUGAUGGAUUCGGCACCAUACUUUUUUGAUGAAGCCAAGCGAAUAACGUCCCCGGACUACAUCCCCAAUGUUUCAGACGUACUUCGAGCCAGAACCAAGACCACCGGUAUCUACGAGACACGCUUCACUAUGGGCCAAUUAAGCAUACACAUGUUCGAUGUGGGUGGCCAACGCAGUGAGCGAAAGAAAUGGAUUCACUGUUUUGAGAAUGUAACAUCUAUCAUCUUCUGCGUCGCUUUGAGUGAAUACGACCAGAUGUUGCUAGAAGAAAGCAAUCAAAAUCGUAUGAUGGAGAGCUUGGUUCUCUUUGACUCCGUGGUCAAUUCCCGAUGGUUCAUGCGAACAAGUAUCAUUCUGUUCCUGAAUAAAGUCGAUCUAUUUCGGCAGAAGCUUCCUCGGUCUCCUCUGAGCAAUUAUUUCCCAGACUACUCUGGUGGAAAUGAUGUGAAUCGUGCCGCCAAGUAUCUCCUUUGGCGAUUUAACCAAGUAAAUCGAGCACACCUCAAUCUCUAUCCACACCUUACCCAAGCAACUGAUACCACCAAUAUCCGACUUGUCUUUGCGGCCGUCAAGGAAACCAUUCUACAGAAUGCCUUGAAGGACUCGGGUAUCCUAUAA